ACAGUCAAACCUAUGAACCACACCUGAACAUACUUUUAGAACCAAAAAGAAUGUGACAACAUUUUACGACAAAACUUAUGGCUGCCUUUGUUUGUUUAACUAGUGAGACCCAGUUGAUUCAAAGUGUUUGUGCAAUUGUAGUAAAGGGUCAUUGGAACAACCUCUUGAAACCCAAGAUUGGUUCCAGUCUCACAUCGACCACCAUCCACCAGGUACUCCUACAGCUCUCGCUUUAUAGUCGUGGUCCUUGGCUUCUUUCUUGGGAAUUUUUCAAGUGGGUUGAAUCAGUUGCUAACUAUAAGCACUCUUUGCAAUGUUCAUGGACCAUGGUUCACAUCCUAGCUAAGCACAAGCACUUCAAAACUGCACAAGACUUGCUUGAGAAAAUUGCGCACAAGGAUUUUCUCUCGUCAACCUCUGUUUUGAAUGCGCUGGUGAGGAAUUACGAUGACCCAGAUGUGAAUUCGCAUGUUUUGAGCUGGCUUGUGAUAUUUUACGGGAAGUCGAAGUUGACCCAGGAUGCAAUGCAGGUGUUUGAGUACAUGAGGGUGCACAGGUUAAAGCCUCAUUUGCAUGCUUGUACUGUGCUUUUGAAUUGUUUGGUUAAGGGUAGGAUGACUGAUAUGGUAUGGAAAGUUUUUAAGAAGAUGGUUCGGCUAGGGGUUGUUCCUAACAUACACGUUUAUAAUGUGUUGGUGCAUGCUUGUUGCAAGUCUGGGGAUGUGGAGAAGGCUGAAGAGUUGUUGAGUGAGAUGGAAUUGAAGUGUGUUUUUCCUGAUCUUUUUACAUAUAAUACGUUGAUUUCAUUAUAUUGCAAGAGGAGUAUGCACUAUGAGGCUUUGGCUGUACAAGAUAGAAUGGAAAGAGGAGGAGUGAGUCCUGAUAUUGUAACUUUUAAUUCCCUUAUUUAUGGGUUCUCUAGGGAAGGUAGAAUGAGAGAGGCUCUAAGGCUUUUCCAGGAAAUUAAAGGUGCUAUUCCCAAUCAUGUAACAUACACUACUUUGAUUGAUGGGCAUCUCAGAGUAAAUGACCUUGAAGAAGCUCUAAGAUUGCACAAGGUGAUGGAGGCUAAGGGGUUGUACCCUGGAGUUGUUACUUAUAAUUCAAUUCUCCGCAAGUUGUGUGAAGACGGCAGGAUUAGGGAUUCAAAUAAGCUCUUGAAUGAGAUGAGUGAGAGGAAAGUUGAACCUGACAAUGUCACAUGUAACACACUGAUUAAUGCUUACUGCAAAAUAGGAGAUAUGAGGUCUGCAUUGAAAGUUAAGAACAAGAUGUUAGAGACUGGAUUGAAGCUGGACCAAUUUACUUACAAAGCUUUGAUUCAUGGAUUCUGCAAAGCGCAGGAGAUGGACAGUGCUAAAGGGCUGUUGUUUGACAUGCUUGAUGCAGGGUUUUCUCCAAGUUACUGCACCUACUCAUGGAUUAUAGACAGUUAUUGCAACCAAGACAAUGAAGAUGCAGUUAUAAGACUCCUGGAGGACCUGGUGAAAAGAGGUCUUUGUGUUGAUGUCUCAGUGUACAGGGCACUGAUAAGAAGGUUAUGUAAGAGAGAAAGAAUUGAUUGUGCUGAAAAAAUAUUCUUUCUUAUGCAAGGGAAGGGUAUAUUAGGAGACAGUGUUAUAUACACUAGUCUAGCAUAUGCUUACUUGAAAGCCGGGAAGGAAACUGUUGCUUCUAAGAUGUUAGACGAAAUGGACAAGAGGAGGUUGAUGAUAACACUAAAAAUCUAUAAAUCUUUCAAUGCUUCUUAUGCUAGUGACAACAGCAUCUUACCUCUCUUUUGGGAUCAUGUGGUUGAGAGAGGCUUAAUGUCCAAAAAUAUUAUUAAGGAAAUGCAGCACAUGAAUAUGCCUUCGUAAAGUAGCCUUGGAGAUGGGUCUGAAGUUGGAGACUCAAAUUGUUUUCGUGCAAGAAGGAUGUGGCAACAAAAACGCCUCAUGGUUCCAGCCCAUAAUAACAUCUAUUAGCUAGACACCCUGGUAAUUGGUCCCACAUUGUGUUUGUCAGCCAAACAUCUGAUUGUAGAGAAUCUGGUAUGACGGAAGGCUAUCAUUUUGAGGAGUGCAAAUACUCUUGCUAUCAAGCGUGUCUAUGCAUCCUCAACCGUGGAUGGCUGACUAGUGGAGCUUAUUUCCAAACUCAGACAGUAGUUUUCUUAAUGAUCACAGAACCAUCUUCAGCCCCCUCUCUUUGCCGUCAUUUUGAGCUCAUUGGGCAAGGAAGCAGUGCCUUAUCUGUUAACAAUGCAGGUAAGGCCAGGCAAGACUUGAUUUGAGUAUUCUCUAAGUUGAUAUGGAACAACUUAAAAGAAUGGCUGACUAGUGGAGCUUAUUUCCAUGUCUUAAACACAAUAAUUUUGCAUUUUUGCUUCACAAGUCUGAUUGGUUUUCUCUAGAAUGCUCAGGCAUACGGAUGUGAGCAAAGAAAGUACAUAGCAUGGACUUCUGAGACAUUACCUGAAUUGUGAUAAUCUAACACUCUUACAGAUUCUUACAGAUUGUGUGGUUGAUUUUGAAUUUUGGAAUUAGUCCAAUGGUACGAAAAGGAAUACCUUGAAUGCAAGUCGAACGGCCUUGCAUAUAAUCUUGAAUUAUUAUGAAGCUAUGGCAGAUGCAGCACUGUCUGGCAAUGGCAAGCACCAGGGAUGGGAAUGUUUAAUUUUUUACUUUGACUGCACCUUUGCUGAAAGUUUGGACGUGCUGUUGUUGGGAGCUAUAGUGACAGACCUCCCCGGAAUUGAGUUGAAUGUUACAGUGGAUCACAUCAAGGCUUUGGCUGAAGGAAAAAAUAAUCUGUUUGGUCUGUUUUUGUCUCCAGGGUUUUCUAUUAAAGCAUGAUUCUGAUGAAUGGCAUUGAUAUGAGAAAAGUGAACACGAUGAGUUGUUGAUACUCUGAAAGUUGCUAAAACUUUGAGGAAUCAGUUCUAAUUGGAGUUGGUUCUAAUAUGAAAAUGAUGGCUUUGGCUUGUAUAGUUCAGGCCAUGGAUCUGAUGAAAGUUUAAUUUAAGAUGUUGAUAUCACUUAAUCUUUGGUCUGUUUCUUUCUUCUUUCUUUCUUUCUUUUCCUUUCUUUUCUUUUCUUUUCUUUUCUCUCUCUCUCUUUUUGUUUUUUAACGCUCCCAGAAGAAAAAAAAUGAUAAGACUGUGGUCACAUAUACUCACGUGUAUAAUUCUUGA